AUGUCGGAUCCGGAGCUGCCAGCGAAGGACGAAUCGCCGUCGAAGAGACACAAAUUUGGGACCCUCCUGAUGAUGAGGAAAGAGGGAAUUACCAAAGGUGCGCUGAAAAGCAAGAUCGCCCUUCAGCACGCUGUCGGUCUGGGGCAUAGACCCAAUGUUAUUCCUGAGGGAGAGGCAGAAACCAGAGGUGUUCCGAGGACUGUCCAUAUAGGAUGGCAUCCAGUGGGAGGCGUGGCAGGUAAAUGGUUUGCGGAACAGACAAAGUUGGGAAAGUUGAUCACCGAAAAGAUCGACAAGUAUCCGGAUCCCACUCAACAUUGGGCAGUCCUAAUCGGCGACUAUGCGCACGAACUGUGGAUGGAUGAACAUCUUGAUAUCAUCUAUAUCAAUGAGAAGAUCACGGAUCAAGAAUGGCACAAGUACGAGGUCGGCCACACGACAUUUAAUGAUGAGGCGCUCCGCCAGGCAGCAGAGAUGACUAUCUACAAUAUGCGUCAGAUCAAACCAGCGUACAAUCUGAUCACGAAUAACUGCCAGAAUUUUGCACUCGCAAUGUUAGAAGCGAUUCAGAUCGGUAAACAUCGAGAAUUUGGCUCGACGUUUGCCAUAUAUCAACGGGCUACAGGCAAAGGCAAGAUCAAAGACUUGUUCCUCGAAGACGAGCCGGAAGUACCGGUGAUCAUCGAGGCCGAAGGGGACGUACCAAAACCAGUAAGAAAGAAUACGGUGCAAGUCGCUGCACAAGUCAUGGAUGAGAACACGACGAAGCUUGACAUGCACCAUUCCCUACCGUGA